UCAAGGAAAUUCCUCAGAUUGUGUUUUCCCCCCAGAAGUGGAAGGUAAUUGUUUCCUUGUGAGCUGUGUUCUGCAUACAUAGACAGCUUGAAGAGAUGGCGUCUUACAGAGCCAUGUCAGAGGACCAGUUCCUGUGCUCCAUCUGUCUUGGUGUUUUCACCAACCCGGCCACAAUCCCGUGUGGACACACCUUUUGCAAGUCUUGUCUCGAGGGUGACUGGAACAGCAGUGGAGACUACGCAGUCUGUGCUGUGUGCAAUAUGAGGUUCACACCUACCCCCACCAUCCUGGUCAACAUAGUCCUGAGAGACCUUGUGGAAAGUUUCAAGGGGGCGAGUAGAUGUGGCGGCUCGGCCGUAGACAUUCCCACUGUGGCUCCGGGAGAGGUCUCCUGUGACGCGUGCUUAGGAUACGGGAUGACCAAGGCUGUCAAGACCUGCCUGGUGUGUGUGUCGUCGUACUGCCUGGAGCAUGAAGUGGUUCACAAUGCCCGGUUCUCCAGGCAUCAGCUGGUCAGGCCCCUGGCUAACCUGGAGAAGAGGAUGUGUUCAAACCAUGAGAGGCUCCUGGAGCGUUACUGCCGUACUGACAAGACCAUGCUGUGUGUGGGGUGUGAUACUCACCCGGAGCCAGCCCACCAGGUUGUGUCGAUGCAGGUAGAGUUCUUGGCUCAAAAGGCUCAGCUGACUAAAGCCCAAGCAAAGGUAAAGGAGAAGCUGAAGGCCACUCGGAAAGAAGCAGAGCAAUUCAACUCUUCAUUCCAUCACUGCAAGGAUGUGGCGACGAGCCAGAUCCGGUUUGUACAUGGGUUCCGACUAGACCUGGUCAGCAAGGUGGGGCAGAUUUGUGAUCGCUACAACAUUGAGGCCCGUAGGAGGGUGGAUGAGAUGAAGAGCACAGCCUCCCGUCGGAGACGUGUGCUUGAAGAUAACAUAACAGCUCUGACGAGCAGAGAUGCCGAGCUGGGGCGGCUGAUUGGCUCCUCAGACUCCUUUGCGUUUCUUAAUAUUCUUCCCUCUCUCCCUUCUGCUCUUCCAGAUGGGGUCGAAGAACAAUGCAGCAUCAACAUCCCCCCGGACCUACUGGGAAACCUUCUGUAUACCUUUAUGAAAGACAUGAACAAACUAGCCAAGAUGGGCAACUUGUCUACAAAUGGCUAUGCUGCCCCAGAGAUUGCCGUGGUUAAAAAGUUCACAGUUGAGGUGACUCCUGACCCCAGCACAGCCCACCCAUCGCUCCUGUUCAAACAGGCAUCACGUGAGAUCCGAGUGGACCAGAGCACGAGGGGAAACGUCUGGCCCAUGUCUGCUCAGCGCUUCACCCAGGUGCUGUGCGUCCUCGCUCCCCAGGGGUUCAGCAGCCACCGAGCAUACUGGGAGGUGGAGGUGGAGAACUGGACUUCGAUGGGAUCUGGUGUGUGGUGUGUGGGUGUGGCAACUAAAUCCUCCAUGACAUCACAAGGGGUGGAUCUCACCCCUGAGAAGGGGUUCUGGGUCCUGGUAAACCGCGGGGGAAAGCUUUGGCCCUCCACCAACACAACCCCUGUGGCUGUCGGAACACAAAGGAGAAUGGCACAUGUGGGUGUGUACUUUGACGGACGGGAGCGGCGCGUGUCUUUCUACGACGUGAAUCUCGGUCGUCACCUCUACACAUACCACCACGUGCCAACCAAUAAAAGACUCUUUCCUGUCUUCAGCCCUGAUUUCUUCAGUCCUGGAGACAACCCCGCCAACCACGUCAUGAUUGUUAGACCCUUCGCUGCUACAAACCACCAAUGUGGAUGAUGAUGCUCAGAGCCAGUCCAAGCCUUUUGGGGGAGAAUUCUGGUCAAGAUCACUUUACUUUUUUUUGUUUUUCUUGUCAAAUAUUUUUAUCCAGUUAAUGUUUUUAAAUGUCUUAAUAAAAGUAAAAC